AUGAUAAUUUUCGAUGUAAUAUACGCUGAAUGUUAUUUACCCUUAAUAGAUCAUUUUGGAUUACCCCCAGUUGUUGCUGUUACCGCUUUUGGAAUGUAUUCUUACAUUAAUGAUGUUAUGGGGCAAACAACCGAAAGUUAUAUUCCAUAUUUCGCUUUACCAUACACAGAUCAUAUGAAUUUUUUUGAAAGAAUACACAGUUCAUUUUAUUUAACCAUGGAAAGCAUAAUAAGACUAAAUAAUUUGAAGAAUUUAAAUGAAAUUUCUAAAGAAACUUUUGGACCAAAAUCUAGAAGCAUUGAAGAUUUAUUUAAAGAAAUUUCUUUAAUGUUUCCCAACGAUCAUCCAAUUUUGGAUUACCCCAAACCAACAGCGCCGAAUGUUAUUCCAAUCGGUGGUGUUCAAGUUAAACCACCAAAAAAACUUGAUAAGGAUUUGCAAAAAAUUUUAGACGAUUCCAAACAAGGAGUAAUUUUCGUAUCUUUAGGUUCGAACUUUAUACCAAAAUAUUACGGAAAACAUGCUAUAAAAUCUUUUAAAGAAUCGUUCUCAAAACUAAAUCAAACCAUUCUUUGGAAAUUUGACGAUGAUGAUCUUCCUAAAAAUGUUAUUACUCGAAAAUGGUUCUCUCAAACCGAUAUUUUAGCGCAUCCAAACACGAAGCUUUUUAUAACUCAUUGCGGUGGACUAAGUACGCAAGAAACUAUAAUUAGGGGUGUUCCAGUUAUUGGAAUACCGUUAUUUUUUGAUCAAUAUAGUCAAGCUGGAAAGAUUCAAUCGAUUAAUGGAGGUGUAGUUCUAAAGUAUUGGGAAUUAACGACCGAGAAUGUUUAUAAUUCCAUUAUGGAAGUGUUAUCUAAUCCUGUGUACAAAAAUAAUAUGAAACGAUUAUCUACAUUGUAUAAUGAACAACCAGAAAAUCUAUUGGAAAAGUUCUUACUUUGGGUUGAUUACGUGCUUAAACAUGGGCAUUUAAAUCAUUUAUCUCUUGGAAGUAGAGAAAUGAGAUGGUAUCAAAUAAAUAAUUGGGACGUUUAUGCAUUAGGUGUUGAUGAUGUCAAAAUUGAUACUAGAGAAGGUAAGACAGAAAUAUCCAAAGAUUAUGUCAAAAACGAAAUCAUGGGUGAUGUCAAGAUUGAUGUUAAAGACGAUGAGACUAAGGUUACCAAAGAAGAAAUCAACAAACUUGAUAUCAAAAAGGAUGCUAAUGAAGAUGUAACAGAAAUUACCAAAACAGAUAUCGUGGAAGAUGUCAAAGAAGAUGGCAAAGAAAUUAGCAAAGAUGACAACGAAAAGGAAGUCAACGAUGUUAAAAGCGAUACCAAAGAAAAGGAGACAAGAGUUAGUAAAAUGUAA